AUGUUCAAGCUCGUUUUGAUCGCCGGUGUCGUCUUUUGCGCUGGCCUUGUCGCGGCUGCCGAUGACGACGUCGAGUUUGCUCUGAUCUCGUUUUGCAAUGGCAAUGAUGGCGCGAAUCCCCUGGGCUUUGGCUCCCUUGCCUGGACCUCGGGUGCUUGCAUCCGCUUUAGUGAUACCUUUUACAUUAUGCCUGACUGCACGGCCAACCAACUGAAGUUUUUCAACAGCUCCACCUGCACCCAUCAGUUGGGUAAUGAUUCUUUUAGCUGCAACGAGGGCGGCUUCUCCGUCACGUGUGGUACCGCCCCCGAGAACACUGUUGGCACCGUGCUUCUGUACAACGAGGAUGACUGCUCCGAUACCCCGGACAUGCGCUACUUUGUCACGGACAGCUGCAUCCAGCAGAACGACGAUGACGAUGAUGAUGAUCGGCGCGUGCUUCGCUCGUCUUCCACCUCCAUGUCCGUGGCUUGCGAGGAUAAGAAGAUUGUGGUCAGCGUUUUCACCGACUCGGUCUCGUGCACCGGUACCGCCACCACCUUCAACGUGCCCGCUGAUGAGUGCCUGGACAUGUCAGCUGUCUUCCCCAGCGACGAUGACUUUGAUGAUGAUGACUAUGGCAACCCUUUUGUAUCUGAAAAGAUGGUGGCCAAGUGUGGCGCCGACACCACCGCCGACGGCACUGGCAGCGCGACCACCGCCUCGGUAACGGCUGGUCUUGUGGCCACCGUGGCCCUGAUUGCGGCUCUGCUCUAAGCCUGCCCGAUCACAUGCACGCAUCGUCAUC